UCACAACGAUGGAGCGGAUUAUCCUGUUGUACAUGGUUGUUUCCACCUGCAUCUGGGCCAUACACGCUCAGAAAUCUGCGAUCAACACAAAAAGGAGUCCCAGGAGCUUUCAAGAUGAUCGUGCUGAGGAAAGUGAUGGGACUGCAAUGGAUGAUAUCAUUAAAGCUAAUGAAUUACAAGCUUCCCGGAUCAUAGAUGGGACCGCCAGUCUGAGGGAGGGAGACAUUGCUGUUUCAUCCGGAAGGCGCUCAAAAGUCUGCUUUGCACGGAGCUGCCUGUGGCCUAAGUCAGUGGAUGGACAUGUCUAUGUUGCAUACAGGGUCUCACCUGAGUACACUGAACUGGAGAGGAAAGUGAUAAAGAAAGGGAUGGAGAAUGUAGAGAAAGGUACCUGUGUGCGGUUUGUUCCCCGGACUCACCAGCGAGACUACAUCGACAUCCAGCCAAAGUCAGGGUGUUGGUCCUACCUUGGUGCGCGUGGUGGAAAACAGACCAUAUCCCUGCAGUCCCCUGACUGUGUCCGAGUUGGAGUGACUUCUCAUGAGCUCAUGCAUGCUCUGGGCUUUGUGCACGAGCAGUCCCGCGCUGACCGGGACAGCUAUGUCACCAUCAUGUGGUCAAACAUUUGGAGAGAUCGUUUGAGGAACUUUGAGAAAUUCAAGACCGACAAUCUGGAUCUGCCUUACGACUAUGGCUCCAUCAUGCACUUUGGAUCGUAUGCCUACUCUGAGGACGGACAGCCAACCAUUGUUGCUAAGAACAACAGAGACAUCAGGCUGGGCCAAGCAACUACUCCCAGCCAUAUUGACAAACUGAAAAUCAACAGGCUUUAUAAGUGUGCUGAAAAGGAUGAAUACUGAGCAACAUGAACUGAAACAGGAGCUUCCAAAAAAUACAAUAAACUGUUGUCUAAUCAUGGAAAUACAUUCAAUAAAGAUUCAUUCAAGCUUU